CUUUGGCCUUAGCCUGCGAGCAACGGCGUCGCGACGGACAAUGGAAAGCAGCGACGGGGAAGCCGUCGACAAGCGCCGCGUCCACCUGCGCCCUGUUACGCUGCGCGAUCCCGCCCCCAUCUUGCUGCACCUUCUGCCCUGCGAGGUUCUGGUUAACCGGCCCGCCCCCGUGGGGCUCUUCUUCACCCCGGCCAUCCGCCAGGGUCCCGACGGACUGGAAGUGUCGUUCCGGGGCCGCAGUCUACGCGGCGAGGAGGUGGUGGUGCCGCCCGGCCUCGUGGGAUAUGUGAUGACAGAAGAGAAGGGAGAGGUGUUGCUGGGGAAGCAGGACUUCUCGGAGGGUUUGGAGGAUGACGAGCAAGAGGAGCGGGAACUGGUGGAGCCCCCGGAGGCGCUGGAGCGCGACUUCGACCGCUUUAUUGGAGCCACAGCCAGUUUCAGCAGCUUCACCCUGUGGGGCCUGGAGACUAUCCCCGGUCCCGAUGCCAAAGUGCGUGGGGCCCUGACCUGGCCCAGCCUCGCUGCAGCGAUUCACACACAGGUACCCGAGGACUGAGAACCAGAGCUUGAAACUGAAAGCCACCGAUCCCUUCACCCCAGUAAACCCUUCUUCACUUUGGAGCCUGAUUCCAUCACCCCAAUAAAGGAGCUCUUCACAGAACACCUACACAAUGCUACUGCACGCUUAACGGACUACGGCACAGCGUACAUGUACCUUUGAUAUGCUCAGGGAAGCCAAAAAUAUUGUGUGACCGCUUUAUUUCGAUGUUCACCUGAUUGUGGUGGUCUGAAACUGAACCCGCAGUAUCUCUGGAGUCAGCAUCCGUUCCUGCCCUUCAGAACCCACUGCCUGUGUCACGGCUCAAAGGUUACCUCCUCUGUGAAGCUUUGCUGUCCACCUCUUCUGGAUCCUGAUAACCCACCCUUUGUGUUUCAUGACACGUAUCACACUGGGAUCUAUGCAGCCAUUAGCAUGUCUGUUUUCCCCUGUGAGCUCUCAGCAGAGAUUUUGUCCAAUUCACCUUGUACAAUAUCUCCCACCACCUGCCCUACAGCAGGAAUGCAGUAAAUGGGGUGAACAGA